AUGCCGUUUGCUUCAUUCAAGAAUAUACAGAAACGCAAUGCACGGUUGCAUAAAGAGAGGUCGCAACCGGCUGCUCGUUCGAAAUUAGGACCUCUGCCCAAAAAGAAAGAUUUUAUUCUUCGCGCAAGAGACGAUGAAGCUAAACGAAAUCGACUUCGUGAUUUGAAGCGCAAAGCGUUGGAUAAGAACGAAGACGAGUUUUAUUUUGCUAUGCAUAAUUCAACACUUUCAGCAGAGAGAGGUCACAUUCCACUAGUGGACAAAAAGGAAUACAGCGAUGCAGAACUGACUGAAUUGCUAUCGCGUGAUAUUUUGUAUCUUCGGAAUGAAUUGCAAAUAGAGAGGUCGAAGAUACGCGAACUGGAGUCGCGCUUUAGUCUGCUUCCUGCUGACCCCUCUGUAACGAGCAGACGGAUGAAGCCGAAGAGGACUAUUUUUGUGGAAUCUGUGAAGGAGGCGCGUGCCGUCAAAGCAUCCCUCAUUGCAGCUGCCUCGCAGGCGCAAGCAUCGACUAGUUCGGCUAGCCGCGAUUGCGAAGAGCUAACGGAGUUGCAAGCAGCCGGUUACCAGGAGCUUUCGGCCCGACUGAAGCGUGCUGAAGAGUUGAAGGUCCUCAUUGAAAAGCGCGAGGCAAAGCAAACACUAAUGCGAAAUAUGCACCUUAAACGCAAGUUGGAACGCAAGGGCACCGCUAACCGCGCACCUGUGUACAAGUUCGAAUUCAAGCGUUACAAAUGA